UAAAAAAGCAGGCUGGCGGCUAGCAGCAGCGCUUUUCAGCUCGAUAAAUCAUAUAUCUAUCUACUUACCCAAGUAAAUAUUAUUAUUUCAAGUAAGCCUUCUAAACUUCCACUCUCUUAUCUGUUCGCAUCAGUACUGUUUUGAGUUUCAGUAACAUUUCAACCAAAUUUGACGUCUGAUUACAUCGGGAACCAAGCAAUGGACAUCUUAAAUCCAGAAGACUAUUCUAUCAUAUGGAUCGCCCCAUUAGAAAUCGAAGCGCAAGCUGCUUUGCAUAUGUUGGAUCAUAAGCAUGCCGGCAGGUUUCCGAUGGGUCCCGGUGAUGAUUACGUUUAUCAAGCCGGUGACAUGUGUGGACAUAAUGUUGCAAUUGUAACUCUUCCGGCUGGUCAGGAGUAUGGUACAGGAUCAGCCGCUGCUAUGGCCAGUCAGGCAAAGAAGUUCUUCCCCAACUUCUGGUUUGGUCUCCUAGUAGGCGUGGCGGCAGGAAUUCCCGAUCUGAAAAAAGAUCCUCUGCGAGACAUUAGGUUAGGCGAUGUUCUUGUCAGUAUGCCAGAUACGGAACAUUCAGGAGUUGUGGCAUACGACUUGGGUAGAGAUAUAGGGGGAGAUAUUAAGCUCCUCCGGCAAGGCCAUGUUCUUGCUCAGACUGCGACAGUAGUAAGAUCCGCUAUUGGAAGCAUCAAGCUUGAUACACCACAGGAAUCCCACCGAUUUCUCCCUUAUUACGAGUCUAUGAAGAACGAACGGCACGCAAAUGGAAAUUUUAUGCAUCCUGGGCCGGAUCAUGAUAAGUUCUAUCAAGACGAAGGCGACGGUACCGAACUUAUCGUGGAGAGAACGAAACGUCCUGCUUCAGAACGCACCAGAGUGUGGUAUGGCCCAAUAGGAUCAGGCGAAAAGCUCGUCAGGAAUGCUUCAAAACGGGACGUUUUAAGAGAUAAUUUGGGGAUUAUUGGUCUAGAAAUGGCAGCAGCUGGUAUUAUGAAUCGCAUUCCCGUUGGGGUCAUCAUGGGCGUAUGCAACUACGCAGACAAGCACGCAAACAAGACGUGGCAACCAUACGCUGCUGCAAUGGCGGCGGCAUAUGCCAAAGCAGUACUGUUCGAAAUCCGACCGAACCCUGCGUCAAAUUAUCCGAUGCCACAAGGACGUGGGACAUAUUCCACUCACACGAAUAGCGGAAGGAUUAAAGGUUAUUUAGAGAAGCCAUCGGCGUCCGAUAAGAAUAAGGCAUCUGGCGAGCACGAUAAUCCCUACGAAAAAGAACGUAGCGAAGAGGAUCAGAAAAAUACCUUCACCAUGUUCUUAAAUCCUUUAAGAAAACAGUGAGGCUAAACGCGCAGUACGGUACCCGUUUGGUCUUGCUCCAAAAUUCAAGGAAUUAUCCUUUCUUCUGGACUCAUGGUUUAGGAUUUGCUCUUCACGAGAAAGUCGAAAUAAUACUCUGGGUAUAGAUUCCGUCCAAACAACUAGAUAUUCCCUCGGUUUUGAUUUGAUUUUAUCGCAUGAGAAUGAUGAGGGUUUAGAAGAGUAUCAGUACGAAUAAUACAGAGCACUCCUAGUUCUAGAGAGCGUGGGUACACUCACUACCUCGUACAGCGAAGUCCACAUAUAAUGUUUUGUAUAAUAUUCUAUAUAAUAUUAUUGGUCAUUGAGUUUGGAAUCCCGUGCCGAAA